GUGUUUGGUGGUCCGAAAGCGUUCUAACGAUUUAAAUAGCAAAAUAAGCAGAGGCCGUUGGUCACCAAUAUCACAAACGUUGGUUAGGUAUUAGCAUUGAAACGUAACCCGUUAGCACUAAAUUACAGCUCAUACCAAUGCAUGUCAUAUGCAACGUGGGCUAUGUUAGAAUACACGACAAAAGUAAAAUUUUACCCUCUGGUGCAGUAAUAUAUUUUUCGUCUACUACUCGACAUAGUAAUAGGCCUAAAUUAUUUUCAGGAUACACUUUUCCGAUAGUUUAUUAAUUCUCAUAGUCACUUAUACACAGUGGCGAAGAAAGACCACACACAGACUUCCAGGCUGGGACACAAAGAAAGGAGAGAGAAGUUCGGCGCCAUUGCAGUAGUGGGCAAUUCUCCGUUCCCGUCCGUCUCCAUCAGUGUGAAUGUCUGAGAUGACCGAGGCAUGGCUCACCAGCCCCAGUCACCACUUGGGUGAAUUAGCUUUCCUAUGAUGAAUACAAGCAACGACACCCUUUUCAGGAAUGCCACAGACACGGGAGACAACAGCAGCAGGGUUAUUGAAUUCAUUUUUGUCCUGGCUAUUGCUUUUUUAGUUUGUCUUAGCAACCUGCUUAUCGUAAUAACCCUCUACCGGAAAGCUUACCUCCUGACUCCAAGUAACAAGUUUGUCUUCAGCCUAACAUUGUCCAACCUCCUGCUGUCUGUUUUGGUGCUUCCAUUUGUGGUUGCCAGUUCUCUACAGCAGGAAUGGAUAUUUGGUGUUGUUUGGUGCAACUUCACAGCACUGUUGUAUCUACUCAUCAGUGCUGCAAGCAUGCUCACAUUGGGAGCCAUUGCCAUCGACCGGUACUAUGCAGUAGUACAUCCAUUGGUCUACCCUACUAAGAUCACAGGGAACCGGGCAGUCAUGGCCAUUGUGUAUGUGUGGUUCCAUUCCCUGGUUGGAUGCCUGCCACCCCUCUUCGGCUGGUCCACCUUUGAGUUUGACCAUUCCAAGUGGGCAUGUGUGGCGGCCUGGCAUCAGGAAGUCAGCUACACGAUAUUCUGGGUAGUGUGGUGCAGCCUACUUCCACUCUUGGCUAUGGUGGUGUGCUAUGGUCUCAUUUUCCGUGUGGCACGCCACAAAGCACGCAAGGUGCAUUGUGGAACUGUAAUUGUGGCCCAGGAGACCACAUCCUCUUCACAGAAAAACAGGCGGAAGAGCUCAACCACCUCAAUCUCUUCCAUUGGGAAUCGGAGGAGCAUGAUAUAUGCUGGCAGCCAAUGCAAGGCUCUGGUGACUAUUUUAGUGGUGAUUGGGACGUUCUUACUGACAUGGGGGCCAUAUAUAAUAGUGAUUAGCACAGAGGCCAUGUGGGGGAAGGGGACCGUGUCUCCACAGAUGGAGACUUUGGUGACCUGGCUGUCAUUUGUCAGUGCUGCAUGUCAUCCUGUCAUCUAUGGGCUGUGGAAUAAAACUGUGCGUAAGGAGUUACUGGGCAUGUGUUUUGGCGACCACCACUACAGAGAGUCAUUCAUCAGUCGCCACAGGAGCUCUCGCCUCUUCAGCAUCUCAAACCGGAUUACAGAUCUUGGUAUGUCACCACAUCUGACAGCCAUGUUGGUGGGUGGAGAUCAGAUGUUAGGACCAGGAAGCAGUACAGGAGACACUGGCUUUAGCUUCUCCCAAGACUCGGGCACUGACCAAAUGUUGCUGGAUAUUUCUGAGACUUCAAACAUGCCCCACUACAGUGGAUUACUCAGCAAGUGCAGGAGCUCUGUGACCUUUGAGGAUCAGCAAGCUCAUCAUUUUAAAGGUGAAUUCAGCCAGUACACUCAUGAGGUGAGGACUGAGAUCCACAACACAAUUAACAGCUAUGCAUCCCGCUUAGCAAAGUCCAUUGAGAGUGAUGCCAAGCUGCAGAUCUACGGACCUCUGACUGAGAGCAUCUUGCUUGCAUGCCCACCACAGAGAGUUCUCCGUUAUCACGAUGGCCAGAGGAUCCGUCUAGAGAGCAUUGAUGAGGGAAUAGUGAAUGAUGAGAAGGAUGAAGAUGAAAUACAAGAAAUCUGUUCAUAGUGUUGCUGAAUGUCAAUAGUGCCAGUGUGUACUUUAGUAACAACGUAAUGGACUUUUUCAAUAUGUCUUGGAUUUUUUCAUUCUAAGAUAUGCUAUUAUGUCAGACACCAGAGCUACUCUUUUAGUGAUUAAGUUCACAGCUGACUGUAAAUAAUUUUUUGUUUAUGUCAGUAUAGUGCCAUAUACUAGCAGAUUUCAACCAUCAAAUGAGCAUUUUUGGAACCAUAUUUGGAAAUAUUUAAAUGGUGUAUACAGGAGUGCUAACAGCUGCCAUAUUACAAUAUUUCAUCCUAUUGUAAAUAACGAGCUGUGUUGGAAACCAUUAGAACAUUUCUGUGCAUGUAUGCUUUAGAGCUCUGGUUAGUGCUGUCUGCUGUUUUUUGUAGUGGCAUAAAUACAUAUGUAAAUAAGGAAAAGAAUUAAAUAUCAGUAUGCACCCUGUCAAAAAAAAUAAAGACAUGAAGAAACAUCAAA